ACUCGUUGACAAUUGAACAUGACGGUUUAAAAUAAGUUUUUUUUUCAAUUUUUUAACAAUAUAUUCACACGAGAUAAUAAAAUGAAAAUGAAAACAUUAAUAAGUGAAAAUUGACUAAAAUUAUUUUGCAAAGUGAAAUAUAAAUUAAUAUAAAAUUAAUAAAUUUUAACUUUAUUAUAUAAAAUUUAAAUAAUUAAAUCAAAAAUGAUUUUUCGGUCUCAUAUCUUGUACGCAUUUUCCUUGCUCCUGAGUGAAAUUGUUUUUAGUUUCCCACACAACAGUGAUGAGAUAAUUAUGGUGGAAGAGAUAGUACAUUAUACUGAUGGUAUAAAAAAUUCAUCAGCAACGCUUAUUACGCUUGACGAGAGUAAUGACGAUAAUGAAUCCGUGAUGGAUACAGCUGAUGAUUUGAUUUUCCUAACAAAACAGCCACAUCAACGUACGCAACAGCAGGAGCAGGAGCAGCAGCAACAACAGCAACAACAGCAACAGCAUUCAACUGAGGUUUAUCAUCAAAUUGAUUUGUUAACAUCCGACGAAGAGGAAUCAUUAACAUCGGUUUCAUCUUCAGCAUCAGAUUCAGUGGAACACGAGGAUGGUCCACCGCGUGAAAUUGAAUUACGCAGAGACCACGCCUAUACACAUACAACACCCAUUAACAUGAGUGACUUUGUGGCAUUAAUACCCGUUGCGGAGGUUAAAGCAAUUGCUGCCAAUUACUAUCGUAACGAUCCGGAAGUGCAACGUGCCUAUGCAUUUUUGAAUAGUCGUGAUUUUGCAGCGCUUAAGCAGCAUAUUACCGAUAUACCGGAAACGGCGGCAUUUUUAACAUACUUAAAUAAUAGUGGUUUAGAUGUAGUGGGCUUUUUAUAUGCAUUAACGAACCUAACCUGUAAUACCAUGGAUGAUGGUAUAAAUGUAAAUGUGGCCAACAUACAAAACGAAUACAAAAUGGCGGCAGGAAAUGAAGUAGAUGGAAUGGUUACUCAAACUAUAACCGCACAGUCAACACCAGUAAAUUCAGAAGAAAAAGAACAACUGAAUGGUUUGCAUGGCUUAGUCGAUAGUAUUUUGGACGUGUUGCCACAGGAUCAAAUACUGUCAACCUUCUUUGAUAAACUUGAAUCGAAUGACCAAUUUUCUAAACUUGUUGAGAGCAUUGGAAGUCCAGCAUUUGGAAAAAUCCUAAGUAACAUGCAGAAUUCGGUACAGCUAAGAAAUUUGAUAUUUAUUUUGCAUAACAACGGCAUCUACAUAACAAGGAUUGUCGACUCACUCAAAGCUUAUUUCUUCCUUGGGACCUUUUAGUACCAUUUCGAGUUCGAGUGAAAGCCAGAAUGGAAAGGAUGGAAGAAAAAAUUUAACGAAAUAAUAAAAUAAAUAUAUUGUUUUAAAAUAAGCAGCACUGUUCAAAUGGAACAAAGGAAAAUCCGCUUUUGUAUUAUUUAUUUAAUUUCUUUAACUGCUCCAAACUGUACAACUGAGGCAAAAGGUUGCAUCAACCCUAAAAACCAAUUAUCAAAAGUAAAACUCGGGUAUCAUAUUCUCUACUCCAAUGGAAUGGAAAUAAAAUGCUGUAAAUGAACAAUAACAAUAAAAAUAUGAUAAAGUGUGUAUUACUUAA